AUGCCUCGCCUGCUUAUUCCAGUUGCUCUGCUAGCUCUACUUGCUAGUACUGUCCAUGCUGCAGCUUGUUCGCUCUGUCCCAUAUCAAUCACCUACACGACACCACCCGGCUGCUUGGCCCUAAACUGCCUUCAGCCUACCUGCACCGUGACAACCACAACCACCAUCCCAACCUCCUACUGCAGCACAAAGACUCGCACAGCAUGUCCCCGUUCCUGCGCUCCUUGCUCUACCGAGACCAUUACUGAGCAAGAAGACCCUAUUGUGGUUCAACCAACCAUAAACCCUUCUGAUCCCACAACAACCACUGAGCCAAACACCACUAUCAAUCCAGGCGGCCCGAUCGUUGUUACUCCUACUGAUGCGCCUUCGUCAACUGCAACUGGAGAAUGUGCUCCGUAUACGGUUACGACUACUGCUGCUAACCCGGCAUGCACAUUCGAUACUUCAGACUGCAUUAGACCGCUAUGUGUGAUUGAGACGACGACAACGGUGCCUGCAUGUGGUGUUCCUGUCACAGAGACCGAACCUGCAGUGUGUCCUACCGCCUGUCCGGCUGGUUGUGCCACAUUUGUCUAUACGACCAGUGUCGUGCCCACUUCCUCUGCAGCUUUGGACUGA